ACGCGUGUGAGAGUCUCACUGUAUUUUAAUAUUUAUUUCUGUGGUUUGAAUGCAUUACCUCUAUGGAGAAAUUAUAAUGCAUAAUUGGUUUCAUUAGAGGUGUGAACAUUUAACCACAUCUCCACCCAGGCUUGUGUGAAAGUGAGUACACCUUGCACAGGUGUGUGUUUCCCCAACACAUAUGAGUCAUAUGGGAGUACGUGUGUACAUAGUUUAGGCUUUUUCAAGCAUUUCUUUUGAGUUCCUCCCAACAAUCUAGAUUUAGGGAGAGGUUUGUUAUUGUUAUGUCACCCUGCCUCCAAUGUAGAACAGGCAAUGAUGCUGAAGCUUUAUGAGGUAUAUGUGUUUGGCCAGAUUGAGGUUAAACCAGUCUGUCCACUCUUGAAGUGUAUUACUCGCUGCAAUGAGGAUUCCAUAAACAGUAGGAAGAGAACAGAGGUAAACACAGCCUCGUCCUGCCGAAACUCUUCAGUGUGGCUCAUUAUCACUGCUGAUAUUGAACAAGGAUUUUAAAGCUCAUGGGAUAUAAGGUUUGAGUUUUGGAGGCUUUUCUUCACUGUAAAUGUUUACAAGUGAAAUGGCUCUUUAUCGAAGAAGCCUUUCGGACAGCCUGCUGGCUGAAGAUGAUAAUGUUUCUGGAGAGAGAUUGGAAUACUCGGACCUGAACUUUUUAGAAGAUAGUGAAAUUGUGGGUUCCAGUGGUCAGUUUGAUCUGAAGAGGAAUAAACAAAAGAAAAAUGAAGUUGUGGACAUUUUGAAGUUGAUUGAUAAUGACAAGGAGGUGAUGAAGCAUGGUUUGAAAUCCAGCAAGAGCUUGGAAAGUCUGGAUGUCAAAGCUCCAAAUGAGGUGUGGAAAGAUUCAUAUGACAAACUCUACAAUACUAAAGUCAGGAAAUUCAUGAAAGGAAACAAAGCUGCUAAGGAAUACAGACAUGGCACACAGAAUGGUCCAGCGACAGCCCAAACACUUGACCACAAAGGCAGGAUAAACGUUGCAGCUUUACUUGAGAAUGCAGAUCGGAAGUGUCACACUCCAUAUGAAACAGAACCUGAUGAGAAAGUGGAUCAUGAAUGGCCUAUGAUCCAUUAUGGUACCAAUGAUUCUACAGGUGAAUACAACUCAGACAUGUUACUACAAGGAUCUGACCUAAUGAGAGGAGCAAAAAUCAAAGGCAACAUUGCAAGUGAUGUUUCAGCACAUCAGUCCAAAAUGAACUUACCCGAUGUUGGAAGUGAAAUCGACCUACGGGGUCGAACAUAUACAGAUUCAAACAUAAAUGUUGAUAUUAACACGCCAGAUUCAAAUCUUACACUGCCAAAUACCCAAGGAUCUCCAGUAAUGCACCUCACAAAAGGCCAUUUCAAAAGCCCAAGUGCAUUGCUUAUUUCUUCUGAUAUGGAUAUGGAUGUACCAUCAAUUAAUGUCAAGAAGCCAAAAUUUAAAAUGUUUAGCUCCUUUGGAAAUAAGAAAACAGACAUUAAUUAUGAUGCAAGUAUGAAGGAGUCAAAAUUAGCAUUAUCAUCCCCUGAAGUAGCUGCAGGUCUUGAUGGUUCUUCUAAUAUACAAAUUGAUGGACCAAAGGCUGAUUUCAGAGGUCUGAAAACAGACCUUCCAGACAUAGACAUGCAUUCUGGAAAACUGAAAACGCCCACUUUCAGCAUGCCAGAUUUUGAUCUGUCAGGACCAAAAAUAAAGACACCUGACUACGAUCUGAAGACCCCUGAAAUGGAUUUGUCAGCUCCAGACUUUGAUUCACGAGACAUCAACAUCAGAGGUCAAAAGCCAGAUUUCACAGUCCCAGAGAUGGAUUUUGAUAUUCCUAAAGGCACAUUUAAAGGACCAAAUUUCAAGAAACCCAAUCUUGACAUGAAUGCACCUGACCUCAACUUAAAUGUUCCUUCAGGUAAACUAAAUAUGCCAAAAUUUGGCAUCUCUGGAAGCAAGACAGUAGGACCUGAUCUUAAAAUAAAAUCUCCAGACCUGAAUCUCAAAAGCCCACAGAUUAAGGGAGGAAUCAAUAGCCCAGACAUGGAUCUGACUCUGCCUCAAUCUGAUUUGAAAGGCCCAAACCUAGAUAUCAAAUCACCUGAUAUUGAUGUUAAUGGCCCAUCAGGAAAAUUUAAUAUGCCAAAGUUAAAGAUGCCCAGUUUUGGCCUUUCAGGUUUGAAAGGGCCACGUAUGAAUGUGGAUACUGACAUUGAUCAGCCUGACCUUAAUCUGAGUGCAUCAACUCCAAAACUAAAUGCAGGAAUAAAUGGUCCUGAUAUUGAUGUACAUGGACCUAAUGUAGAUCUCAGAGGUCUGAAAACAGACCUUACACUACCUGACAUGGACAUGCCAUCUGGAAAAAUGAAAAUGCCUACUUUCAAGAUGCCUGACUUUGGACUCUCAGGACCCAAAAUAAAGACGCCUGACUAUGAUUUGUCAGCCCCAAAGUUUAAGGCAGACUUUGAUUCUCCUGACGUCAACAUUAAAGACUAUAAGACUGAUAUCACAGUACCUGCCACGAAUGUUGAUUUCCCUAAAGGUCAAAUUAAAGGACCUGAUUUAAAGACACCCAGUCUUGACAUGAAUGCACAUGACGUUGACAUAGAUGUCCCUUUAGGUAAACUACAGCUGCCAAAAUUUGGCAUCUCUGGAAGCAAGACAGUAGGACCUGAUCUUAAAAUCAAAUCUGCAGACCUGAAUCUCAAAAGUCCCCAAAUUAAGGGAGGAAUUGAUACCCCAAACAUGGAUCUGAAUCUGCCUCAAUCUGAUUUGAAAGGCCCAAACCUAGAUAUCAAAUCACCUGAUAUUGAUGUUAAUGGCCCUUCAGGAAAAAUCAAUAUGCCAAAGUUUAAGAUGCCCCGUUUUAACAUGUCAGGUUUGAAAGGGCCACAUAUGAAUAUGGAUGCUGACAUUGAUCAGCCUGACCUUAAUCUGAAUGCAUCAACUCCUAAACUAAAUGCAGGGUUAAAUAGUCCUAACAUUGACAUCCAUGGACCUAAUGCUGAUCUGAAAAGUCCAACAACAGACCUUAAACUUCCUGACAUUCCAUCUGGAAAAAUGAAAGUGCCUACUUUUGAGAUGCCUGAUUUUGGUCUCUCAGGACCCAAUAUGAAGAUGCCUGACUAUGAUCUAAAUACCCCUGAAUUAGAUUUGUCAGCUCCAAAGUUUAAAGCAGACUUUAAUUCCCCAGACAUCAACAUUGGUGGUCAUAAGCCAGAUAUCACAGCGCCUGAUCUGAAUGUUGAUUUCCCUAAAGGUAAAAUUAAAGGACCAAAUUUCAAGAAACCCAAUCUUGACAUGAAUGUUCCUCGCCUUGACAAGCCUUCUGGAAAAAUGAAAAUGCCCACUUUAAAGAUGCCCAAGUUUGGUGCCUCAGGACCAAAAAUAAAGACACCUGACUAUGAUUUGAAGACCCCUGAAAUGGAUUUGUCAACUCCAAAGUUUAAGGCAGACUUUGAUUCCCCAGACAUCAACAUUGGUGGUCAGAAGCCAGAUAUCACAGCACCUGAUCUGAAUUUUGAUUUCCCAAAAGGUAAAAUUAAAGGACCAAAUUUCAAGAAACCCAAUCUUGACAUGAAUGCACCUGAUCUCAACGUAAAUUCCCCUUCAGGUAAACUGAAGUUUCCCAAAUUUGGCUUCUCAAGUGGCAAACCAAAAGGCCCAGAUCUUAAAAUCAAAUCUCCAGACCUGAAUCUCAAAAACCCCAAAAUUAAGGGAGGAAUCGAUACACCAGACAUGGAUCUGACUCUGCCUCAAACUGAUUUUAAAGGCCCGAACUUACAUGUCAAAUCACCUGAUUUUGAUGUUAAUGGCCCAUCAGGUAAAUUUAAAAUGCCAAACUUAAAUAUGCCCAGUUUUGGCCAUUCAGGUUUGAAAGGGCCUCACAUGAAUGUGGAUGCUGACAUUGAUCAGCCUGACCUUAAUCUGAGUGCAUCAACUCCCAAACUAAAAGCAGGAAUAAAUGGUCCUGAUAUUGAUGUACAUGGACCUAAUGUAGAUCUCAGAGGUCCAAGUACAGAUCUUACACUUCCAGACAUUGACAAGCCUUCUGGAAAAAUGAAAAUGCCCACUUUAAAGAUGCCUAAGUUUGGUGCCUCAGGACCAAAAAUAAAGACACCUGACUAUGAUUUGAAGACCCCUGAAAUGGAUCUGUCAACUCCAAAUUUUAAGGCAGACUUUGAUUCCCCAGACAUCAACAUCGGUGGUCAUAAGCCAGAUAUCACAGCACCUGAUCUGAAUGUUGAUUUCCCAAAAGGUAAAAUUAAAGGACCAAAUUUUAAGAAACCCAAUCUUGACAUGAAUGCACCUGAUCUCAACGUAAAUUCCCCUUCAGGUAAACUGAAGUUUCCCAAAUUUGGCUUCUCAAGUGGCAAACCAAAAGGCCCAGAUCUUAAAAUCAAAUCUCCAGACCUGAAUCUUAAAAGCCCCAAAAUUAAGGGAGGAAUCGAUACACCAGACAUGGAUCUGACUCUGCCUCAAACUGAUUUUAAAGGCCCGAACUUAGAUGUCAAAUCACCUGAUUUUGAUGUUAAUGGCCCAUCAGGUAAAUUUAAAAUGCCAAACCUAAAUAUGCCCAGUUUUGGCCAUUCAGGUUUGAAAUGGCCACACAUGAAUGUGGAUGCUGACAUUGAUCAGCCUGACCUUAAUCUGAGUGCAUCAACUCCCAAACUAAAAGCAGGAAUAAAUGGUCCUGAUAUUGAUGUACAUGGACCUAAUGUAGAUCUCAGAGGUCCAAAUACAGAUCUUACACUUCCAGACAUUGACAAGCCUUCUGGAAAAAUGAAAAUGCCCACUUUAAAGAUGCCAAAGUUUGGUGUCUCAGGACCAAAAAUAAAGACACCCGACUAUGAUUUGAAGACCCCUGAAAUGGAUUUGUCAGCUCCAAAGAUUAAGGGAGACUUUAAUUCCCCUGAUAUAAACAUUGGUGGUCAUAAGCCAGAUAUUACAGCACCUGAUCUGAAUGUUGAUUUCCCUAAAGGUAAAGUUAAAGGACCAAAUUUCAAGAAACCCAAUCUUGAGAUGAAUGCACCUGACCUUGACAUAAAAGCCCCUUCAGGUAAACUGAAGUUUCCAAAAUUUAGCUUCCCAAGUGGAAAACCAAAAGGCACAGAUCUUAAAAUCAAAUCUCCAGACCUGAAUCUCAAAAGCCCCAAAAUUAAGGGAGGAAUCGAUACACCAGACAUGGAUCUGACUCUGCCUCAAACUGAUUUUAAAGGCCCGAACUUAGAUGUCAAAUCACCUGAUUUUCAUGUUAAUGGCCCAUCAGGUAAAUUUAAAAUGCCAAACCUAAAUAUGCCUAGUUUUGGCCAUUCAGGUUGGAAAGGGCCUCACAUGAAUGUGGAUGCUGACAUUGAUCAGCCUGACCUUAAUCUGAGUGCAUCAACUCCCAAACUAAAAGCAGGAAUAAAUGGUCCUGAUAUUGAUGUACAUGGACCUAAUGUAGAUCUCAGAGGUCCAAAUACAGAUCUUACACUUCCAGACAUUGACGCGCCUUCUGGAAAAAUGAAAAUGCCCACUUUAAAGAUGCCAAAGUUUGGUGUCUCAGGACCAAAAAUAAAGACACCCGACUAUGAUUUGAAGACCCCUGAAAUGGAUUUGUCAGCUCCAAAGUUUAAGGCAGACUUUGAUUCCCCAGACAUCAACAUUGGUGGUCAUAAGCCAGAUGUCACAGCACCUGAUCUUAAUGUUGAUUUCCCUAAAGGUAAAAUGAAAGGACCAAAUUUCAAGAAACCCAAUCUUGACAUGAAUGCACCUGACCUUGACAUAAAAGCUCCUUCAGGUAAACUGAAGUUUCCCAAAUUUAGCUUCCCAAGUGGAAAACCAAAAGGCCCAGAUCUUAAAAUCAAAUCUCCAGACCUGAAUCUCAAAAGCCCCAAAAUUAAGGGAGGAAUCGAUACACCAGACAUGGAUCUGACUCUGCCUCAAACUGAUUUUAAAGGCCCGAACUUAGAUGUCAAAUCACCUGAUUUUGAUGUUAAUGGCCCAUCAGGUAAAUUUAAAAUGCCAAACCUAAAUAUGCCCAGUUUUGGCUUGUCAGGUUUGAAAGGGCCUCACAUGAAUGUGGAUGCUGACAUUGAUCAGCCUGACAUUAAUCUGAGUGCAUCAACUCCCAAAAUAAAAGCAGGAAUAAACGGUCCUGAUAUUAAUGUACAUGGACCUAAUGUAGAUCUCAGAGGUCCACAUACAGAUCUUACACUUCCAGAUGUUGACAAGCCUUCUGGAAAAAUGAAAAUGCCCACUUUAAAGAUGCCUAAGUUUGGUGUCUCAGGACCAAAAAUAAAGACACCUGACUAUGAUUUGAAGACCCCUGAAAUGGACCUGUCAACUCCAAAGUUUAAGGCAGACUUUGAUUCCCCAGACAUCAACAUCGGUGGUCAUAAGCCAGAUAUCACAGCACCUGAUCUGAAUGUUGAUUUCCCAAAAGGUAAAAUUAAAGGACCAAAUUUCAAGAAACCCAAUCUUGACAUGAAUGCACCUGAUCUCAACGUAAAUUCCCCUUCAGGUAAACUGAAGUUUCCCAAAUUUGGCUUCUCAAGUGGUAAACCAAAAGGCCCAGAUCUUAAAAUCAAAUCUCCAGACCUGAAUCUCAAAAGCCCCCAAAUUAAGGGAGGAAUCGAUACACCAGACAUGGAUCUGACUCUGCCUCAAACUGAUUUUAAAGGCCCGAACUUAGAUGUCAAAUCACCUGAUUUUGAUGUUAAUGGCCCAUCAGGUAAAUUUAAAAUGCCAAACCUAAAUAUGCCCAGUUUUGGCUUGUCAGGUUUGAAAGGGCCUCACAUGAAUGUGGAUGCUGACAUUGAUCAGCCUGACAUUAAUCUGAGUGCAUCAACUCCCAAACUAAAAGCAGGAAUAAAUGGUCCUGAUAUUGAUGUACAUGGACCUAAUGUAGAUCUCAGAGGUCCACAUACAGAUCUUACACUUCCAGACAUUGACAAGCCUUCUGGAAAAAUGAAAAUGCCCAAUUUAAAGAUGCCUAAGUUUGGUGUCUCAGGACCAAAAAUAAAGACACCCGACUAUGAUUUGAAGACCCCUGAAAUGGAUUUGUCAACUCCAAAGUUUAAGGCAGACUUUGAUUCCCCAGAUAUCAACAUUGGUGGUCAGAAGCCAGAUAUCACAGCACCUGAUCUGAAUAUUGAUUUCCCUAAAGGUAAAAUUAAAGGACCAAAUUUCAAGAAACCAAAUAUUGACAUGAAUGCACCUGCUCUCAACAUAGAUUCUCCUUCAGGUAAACUGAAGUUUCCCAAACUUGGCUUCUCAAGUGGCAAACCAAAAGGCCCAGAUCUUAAAAUCAAUUCUCCAGACCUGAAUCUCAAAAGCCCCAAAAUUAAGGGAGGAAUCGAUACACCAGACAUGGAUCUGACUCUGCCUCAAACUGAAUUUAAAGGCCCGAACUUAGAUGUCAAAUCACCUGAUUUUGAUGUUGAUGCCCCAUCAGGUAAAUUUAAAAUGCCAAACCUAAAUAUGCCCAGUUUUGGCUUGUCAGGUUUGAAAGGGCCACACAUGAAUGUGGAUGCUGACAUUGAUCAGCCUGACAUUAAUCUAAGUGCAUCAACUCCCAAACUAAAAGCAGGAAUAAACGGUCCUGAUAUUGAUGUACAUGGACCUAAUGUAGAUCUCAGAGGUCCACAUACAGAUCUUACACUUCCAGACAUUGACAAGCCUUCUGGAAAAAUGAAAAUGCCCACUUUAAAGAUGCCUAAGUUUGGUGUCUCAGGACCAAAAAUAAAGACACCCGACUAUGAUUUGAAGACCCCUGAAAUGGAUUUGUCAACUCCAAAGUUUAAGGCAGACUUUGAUUCCCCAGAUAUCAACAUUGGUGGUCAUAAGCCAGAUAUCACAGCACCUGAUCUGAAUGUUGAUUUCCCUAAAAGUAAAAUUAAAGGACCAAAUAUUGACAUGAAUGCACCUGAUCUCAAAAUGGAUUCUCCUUCAAGUAGACUGAAGUUUCCCAAACUUGGCUUCUCAAGUGGCAAACCAAAAGGCCCAGAUCUUAAAAUCAAAUCUCCAGACCAGAAUAUUAACAGCCCCAAUAUUAAGGGAGGAAUCAAUACCCCAGACAUGGAUCUGGCUCUGCCUCAAGCUGAUUUAAAAGGCCCAAACAUAGAUCUCAAAUCACCUGAUAUUGAUUUCAAUGGUCCUUCAGGUAAAUUGAACAUGCCAAAGUUAAAAAUGCCCAGUUUUGGCCUGUCAGGUUCGAAAGGGCCACAUAUGAAUGUUGAUGCGGACAUGGAUCAGCCAGACCUUAAUCUGAGCACAUCAGCUCCCACACUAAAGGGUGCGAUUAAUCGUCCUGAUAUGGACAUUUAUGGACCCAAUGCUGAUCUUAAAGGUCCAAGAACAGAUCUUACAAUUCCAAACAUGCACAUGCCAUCUGGUAAAAUGAAGAUGCCAACUUUAAAGAUGCCUGAUAUUGGUUUCUCGGGACCAAAAAUAAAGACACCUGAUUAUGAUCUAAAUACCCCUAAAAUAGAUCUCUCAGCGCCAAAGAUUAAAACUGAUUUUGAUUCCCCAGACUUUAAUAUCAGAGGUCAUAAGGCAGAUAUCACAGCCCCAGAUAUGAGUGUUGAUUUCCCUAAAGGAAAAAUUAAAGGACCAAAUGUCAAGAAACCCCAUCUUGAUGUAAAUGCACCUGACUUUGACAUUGACGCUCCUCCUGGGAAUCUUCAGUUCAGCUCUCCAAAGAUGAAUCUAAAAACCCCCCGAAUUAAAGGAAGAACCGAUAGCCCUGACUUUCAAGGCCUGGGGCCUGAUGUUGAUUUUGGUGCCUAUACUCAAGCACACACUUACAAUUUUGCUGUCCCAAGAGGUAAAAUAGAGUCAGCCAGAACAAAUGAUCUUGAUCUCAGAAUACCGUCUCAUCAGAAAUACGGUCCCUCAGAAUUGAACAUGCAGGACCCAUAUUUCGACUUGAACAGAGACAUGAAAUUUUCAGAUAAAGCCCAGUGGCCUGCAAUGCAAAAACAUCUCUCUGGCUCACCUGAUUUUACAAUGGCUUUACCCACCUCCAAGACCAGAAUCUCUGGUGUACGUCCAACAUCAUCAGAUGUUUACUACAGUGAUAUGUCUGGGGCACUCAAGUCAAGAGAUAAUAAAACAAAAGCAAACAACUUUGGUAUUGAUGACAACUGGAACAAUAUAUCAGUGCCUAAACCUCAAGUUUCAAGAAUUAGAGAGGAUUUGGCUGUGAGAAAUUCAAAUAUGGGAAUGAGCACCAUGCAAAGGUCACCCCAAAUGGGAGGUAAUGCAGGUUAUAGGAAAACUCAUAUGGUUCCUGGACGUAAUUACACUACUGAUGACAUAUGCUACACUUAUAAAGGGAUGCCUAGAAGAGAUGGAUGGGGAAAUGGGCAAACGGAACAUAGUCGCAGACACACAAUGAGACGUCUGCAAAUGCAUGCAAUGGAUCUGGAGGUUCCAGAAAGCACUUUGAAAGGUUCAAAAUUUAGGGUUCUUAAACUAAUAUAGUAAUGAAAAUUAAAAGGAAGGCAUGUGAGAGUUUGUAUAAAAAACUUAUUGGAAAACAUAAACUUGCACAAACUUGAUCAUUAGCCUCUUUUAAAAAAACAUUCCAAAUACAGUUUCUAAAUUAAGCUUGCCUGAUUAAAUAUAGUAAAUCAUAUUUUGUAAAGUAUAUAAAAUGCUACAGUGACGUAUUGUAUAAUUACAAUGUUGAUGUGUUGUCAAAAGGUUUUGUCUGGAAAAGUUUGUCUGUCCGGUGAAUGUCUCGUUUCUUGCCAUCUUUUUUAGAUACUCAUCUAUUAUCUAUUUUUUAGCAUUGUUAUGCUCAGUGAUACAGUAAGGACUGGAGGGAUUUUUUUUUUUUGAAGGAUGUACAUACAUUUGUAAAAUAUUGAUAUACAAAAGUAGCUGUUAGAAUACUUAGGAUGUUAUGUGAUUGAAAUAAACAUGAAAUAUAUACCUUG